AGUCACGCGCUUCAUUCGCGUCACUGCCAUCGCCGCGCCGCCGCGCUGAUCGUCCAUCGCAUAAACUAUAAAGUGUUCGCUCGUCGCUGGCAGUUACACAGACGCCGUACACUCUCGGGACGCGACGACACUUUGAAAACAUUAUAUUAUUAUUAUAAUACGAUAUUAUCGCAUACGAUUUUUACGUUUCCGUUUAACGAUAGAUUAUCGUUAGUUAAAUUUUUAUAUUGAAUUUCUCUUUCGAACGUGUCAUCGUCGGAUCAACACAAUCAAAAAAUAUUUUAUAAUAAUAUAAUAUCAUCAUCGAAAUUAUACCGUGCCGCGAACUCCGACAGAUCACCAUGGAACAGUACCGCGAUUACGAUGACGACGAAGGAUCGACGACGUCCGGCAAAACGUUCGAAUCCGACUCCGAUUGUUCCGGAUUCGACGAUACGACCUCAUCCGCACCGUCACCCACCACGGUCCACUCCCACAGCAGGGGCAAGUGGCUGAAGACGCUACAGAAAAUCAUCGACAGGAUGGACAGCAGAAGUGGUGGACGCCGGCCGCGACAGGUCAAGACCAUUCUCAGGCCACUGACCACGUAUGUGUUCGUGAUCGGUAUGUCUGGACUACCGUCCAAGGUGGCCGUCUACCCGAGAUAUAUGUGAAGGAAUCCGUAAGGAAGUGGAUACCAAAGGCCAGACUGAGUAGACGAUCCGUAAAAAUGUGAUGAGAUAUUACAAAUUCGGAUGCCACGAUAUUAUGAUUGUUUUGUCGUACGAUUCAUAUUGUGGUCAUAAAUUUUAUUUUGUGACUGAAGAUAAUAACUGUAUAUUGUGACCCUCUAACGAGUCUAACGUUUCAAAAGACUAUAUGUAUAUUGUAUAGGUAUAGGAUAAUUUCAAUACUGUAGAUAUGUUUCUCAUAAUUUCUUUAUUUAUACACGAAUUGAUAAUAUUUUUCACCAUUCGUUUCUAAUUGUAUUAAGAUAAUUUUAUACAUUUUUUUUAAAAUUUUAUAAACGCUUUUGAUACGAAUAUAAUAUUAAAUAAUUAUGUGUGGUGCACGACAUACGUGGUGCUUAUCAAAUAUUAUGUAAGAUAAAAAGAGAUUUGUAAUACUGAAAAAACGGGCUUAACUGUCAUGUAAACAUAUAUUAUCUAUAAUUUUACUACGUGAUUUAAAUGUGUCCUGUAAAUUAUAAAUUAUUAUUUUCGACAAGAACGAAACAAUUAAAAUACAUUUUCUGUACAUAAUGAAA